AUGAGGGGGGGGGGGGGGGGGGGGUGUUGUUGGGGGGGGGGGGGGUGUGGGGUGGGGGGAGGGGGGAAAAAAAAAAUUUUUGUGUUGUGUGUUGUGUGUUGUGUUUUAUUGGUGUUGUGGUGGGGGGGGGGGGGGGGGGGGGGGGGGGGGGGGGUUGUUUUGUUGGUGUGUGUGGUGCAAGCCACGACCCCUAAUAAAAACGUGCCCACAGCCAAAAACAGCCAUAAAAACAGACCAGAGACCACCUCCACAUCAACACUCAACGCACACCCAAGUCCACACAACCAUGACCCCCCCAACCAAAACCAAACAAGCAAACAAACACAGAAAAACAAACCACCAAACCACCGCAAGUCGCAAGCAAGGGCGAAACACACGAGGCGAACAAGCAAGAAGCACAACAAGCCUAACUACACACCACCCCCGCGCCAACUCGCCACACACCACAACCCCCCCCUCCGAGACAGCGCCCGCCACACCCCCCCCGACCCUGACCAAGGACCCUCGAGGCCACACACCAACCGACGCCCCGACCACCACGUCCCCGCACAACACAACCGCGCCGCCAACACUCCCGCCCGCGUCCCGCCCGCUCCCCCUGCGCACCACCCCUCUCCCACACGCCCGCCCCCUGGCACCCCCCCGCCUGCCAGCCCCCCCCCCACACCCCACCCCCCCUCCCCUCCCUCCUUACCGUCACCGAACCCACCUCCCCCCGCUCUCCCCCCCACCCCCCCCUCACCGCCCCAGCAACCUCCUCCCACUUCCAUCCCCCCCCCCCCCUUCCCCCCCCAUCCCCCCCCCACCCCCCCCCCCAUCCCCCCGCCGCCCCUCCCCCUGCCCCUCUACCCCCCCCCCUCCGCCCCCCCCCGCCACCCCCCGCCCCACGCCCCCCUCCCCCCCCCCCGCCUGCCCGACCCCCUCAUCCCCUCUCCCCCUCUCCCCCCCCCUUCACUUUCCUCCCUCUCCCUCGCCCACCUGGCGAUCCAACCGCUGUCGUCCCCCCCCGCGCACCAUGCGCUCACCCGCCCCCCCCCACAGCUCCUCACCCCCCCCCCCCCCCGCUCCUCUCCACCCCCCCCCCUCCCCUCCCUCACCGCCGCCACCACCUCCCGCGCGCCAUCCCCCCCCCUCCCCCCCCCGCCCUCCCCCCCACCCCCCCCCCGGGCUCCCCCUCCCCCCGCCCCACCCUAG